GCAUUGAUGUCAGGUAUGAGGUUAUGUCAUAACAGCUGAUAAAAUAUACGGUGAAUAAAUUGGAAAAACUAUGUAUUUGGGUAAUUUUGGAAGAAUUGCUGUGGGUUGGACUGUUAUAACUGUUGUUGGUGUAUAUUCAUUCGUGCUUUCCAAGAAUUCCGUUGAUAAAAGGCGUUACGAGGAUAUGCAAAUCAGAGACCGCAUGAAAAAAGCAAAUAUUGGAGAAUACGAAUCUGUGGGAACAAGACGAUUCAACGCCUAGAGAA